UUUAAGUUCCCAUGAAGCUCUUUGGUGAGAGCAGGUUUCCUCACUUGGUUUUGUGUCACUGUCACACCAUGUGUGUUCUGCUUUUCUCUUCAGACUAAAUUAUUUCGUCAGAAACUCAGCAACAUGCAGAGAUUUCAAAACCCUUAUCGGAGAUCUAUGCAAAAAAAAGACAACGAGGAUUUCAAAACCCUUAUCGAAGAUCUAUGCAAAAAAUACGACAAAGAUUUCAAAACCCUUAUCGAAGAUCUAUGCCAAAAAUACGACAAAGAUGAUUUCAAAACCCAUAUGGAAGGUCUAUGCAAAAAAAAGGUCAAAGAUGUUCUCGACACCUUUUUGAAAAAUCUAAGCAACACUUUGAAAAGUGGAGGAAAGAAAAACAAUGCUGAGAACUUUCCGGAUCUGGACGACCUUCUUGAGAAAUACGACGGGGAUAACAAUAAGGUCAUCUUUCACCCUCAUGUGGCGUUUCUCCUGCAGAAGCCAAAUGGCCCCUUCGAAGGCCUGAAAAUUCAAGCCAGCGAGAAUGAGGCAUCGUCAGAGAGGAAUAUCCCUAACGCCAGAGUGAAUGUUCAACUGCCCAGAGAGUUGGAUGCUGGACAAAAAAACGCAAUUGCAUUUUGCCUGCUUACCUGGCCGGAAACAAAUAUGAAGACAUCAGGAGCCUCAGAUGAACUGUAUGAGAACACAAUGGUUGGCCUGAGUGUGCGUCAUAAGAAGAUUUCAGGACUACAGGAACCUGUCAACAUCACCAUGAUUCUUAAUAUCGGCAUAAAUGAGACCCGAGUCCCCAGGUGUGUGUUUUACAAUGUCACAACACAUGCAUAUAGCAGUAGUGGCUGUGUAACCCUUUGGGAGCGUGGUCAGGAACACAUCACCUGCUCCUGUGAUCACCUCACAUACUUCGGCGUGCUCAUGGUGUCUGCUCCCCUUACACACUUGGACCAGGAGAUCCUGACAUAUAUUAGUCAGAUUAGCUGUAGUCUUUCUGUCAUUGCCCUGGUCUUCACUGUUUUAAUCUUCAUCACAAACAGAAAGCUCAGAGAAGAUGUCUCCAUGAAGAUCCUCGUCAACCUGGCUGUUGCGCUGAUUUUGCUCAACCUACAUUUCCUCCCCAGUCACAUAGUGGCAGCACAGUCCUCCAACGGGCUUUGCCUGUACAUGGCUCUAUUUCUUCAUUACUCCCUGCUGGCCACAUUCAGCUGGAUGGCCUUGGAGGGUUUCCACAUCUACCUUCUCAUAGUCAAAGUCUUCAAUAUCUACAUCAAGAAAUACAUAUUCAAACUCGCUCUCGUAGGUUGGGGUAUUCCUGCAAUCAUUGUGGCCCUGGUGGUCAUCAUAGACAGAGACGCCUAUGGUCGCGUUGCUUUGAACUCAUCUGAAGCCAACAGCACUGCAAUAUGCUAUAUUGCCAACGACAUAGUAAAAGUGGUGACUACAAUGGGAGUAUUUGGCUUGGUGUUCAUCUUUAACAUGAUCAUGUUUGGGUUGACAGUCAGACGUGUUGUGAGUCUCCACCAUAGUAAAGAGUUUGGGACGAUUGACUUUGACAGAGCCAAGCGAGACACCUGUACCCUGCUGGGUGUCACCACUCUGCUCGGCCUCACCUGGGGCCUGGUCUUAUUCUCAUUUGGCUCCCUGACGGUUCCUGGCCUCUACCUCUUCUGCAUCCUGAACUCACUGCAAGGUGUCUUCAUCUUCCUGUGGUCUGUGAUGUCUUUGAGAAAGAACAGAAAGUCAGCGACUGUGAGCGUAACACAAAGCACCAAAAGCUAAGGCCGAAGGAUAUAGCAAGAUGUGUGUGCGGUGUGUGUGUUUCUGUGUGUAAUACUGAAAUAAUGAAGCAAAUGUACAUACUGAAAUGUUAGUCAUGUUAGUGACUCUGAUGUGAUCUGAUGAAAUUCAAUAUCUCAGUUUCCAUACUGUUUUAAAGCUUUGUCAUUAACAUACCCUGUUGUGUUUAUACUUUAUGGUGAGGUGUUUACUUAUCCAUCCAUUGGGCAAAACAGUUUGAAGUAAAGAAGUUGAUUAGAUGAACAACUAAAAAGAGGGGUUUUGUCUCUCUACAGUUGCCAAUGCUUGCUCGUUGUGGGAACGGUUGGGUUUCUAUAAAUAUAUUUCUAGCAAUGACAGUGCGUGUAUAGUACCUUCAUGCAGUUUGUAUGUCAUUUUCAAACAUUACAGAUUCAUUAAAAG